AUGGGCCAGAUACAGACUCCUGAACUGUUAAAUGUUCAGCACCAACACCCACAGAACCUGGUUCUGUUGUCUGCAGCCUCUGAGGUUCUUGAAGACCAGACUGCCGUACGAUUGGCUGAGAGGAAGGACAGGCGGACUGACUGGGUGAUGAACCAAUGGGGUAGCAGGAACGGCCGGGUCGGAGAGCUGAUUGAUCUUCUUGAGUCUUUGCAGCUGUUCAGACCUCGAGACAUCAUCCUGGGCCAGACACAGAAUAUGAACCCUCUUCCUCCUCUGCCUCCUCUUUCUGACCGCUCUUUGACGCCGCCAGCAGGCGGCGAGAGAGGGCGAUCGUUACCUGGACCUGCCCCGCCUCCCGUCAGUCUGUACUCAGAGGAACACCAAGGAGCGCAGGAAAGGCAGCAGGACGUUAAAGAUGAGGUCACCGCCCCUCUGACUCUGCUCGCCACCAGCCAUGCAGUCAUCAGCUGGCCCUACGAAGAGGUGCACGCUGGGACACGAGGGUUCUCCCAGGCACAGCAGAUUGGGGAGGGGGGGUUCGGUGUCGUUUACCGCGCUUCUCUAAAGAACAUGGACUGCGCUGUCAAGAAACUCCGACAGGACUGUCUGAUGGACUGGCCCCAGUUGAGGAGAAGCUUUCAGACUGAAGUGGAGAACCUGUCCAAGUUCAGACAUCCCAACAUCGUGGAUCUGCUGGGUUUCAGUGAAGGAGGAGGUGCAAUGUGUCUGAUCUACAGCUAUAUGGAGAACCGAUCACUGGAGGACCAGCUGCACAAUUCAUGUCUGAUCCUCUCAUGGCCUCGAAGGAUCAGGAUAAUUGAAGGAGCAGCAGCUGCUCUUCAGUACCUGCACUGCCCCCCAAAAGGCCAAGAACAGCUGAUACACGGAGACGUCAAGAGCUCCAACAUCCUGCUGGAUCAGCACUGGGGGGCCAAGCUCUCGGACUUUGGACUGGCUCGGUACGCGCCUCGUGCUCCAGCUGGGUGCUCGGCGAACCAGACGGCUUCUGUCGGUAAAACUACGACCGUGAGAGGAACGCUGGCUUACCUGCCGGAGGAGUACGUGAGGAGAGGAGAGCUGUGCACGGCUGUGGACGUCUACAGCUUUGGAGUGGUUCUACUGGAGGUUCUGACGGGUCGACGAGCCGUGGAGCAGGGCUGGAAGUCCAGAGACAGAUACCUGAAAGACCUUGUUGAGGAGGUGGAGGACAGUCCAGACUGCUGGAGGACACAUCUGGACCCGCAGCUGAUGGCAGGAGGUUCUGCUGAGCCCAUCGGGUACCUACAGGUGGCAGUGCUGGCCCGCAGAACUUUGACCAAACAGAGGAAGAGGAGACCAACCAUGACCGAGGUGUUUCAAAGUGUUCGGGACCUCCAGUCCACUGUGAGGAGGAACUUCCCCUCUCUUCAUCAGUCUCAACCCCCCUACCAGUACUUUCCCAGACCUCCUCAGUCUCUGGACUCUGUAGCGUCGGUCUUUAAUGUGGACCCUCUGGACCACAUCUGUCCUCCCCUCCAGUCCUCCUCUUUGGGUGGUCCGUGUGAAACUGAUGAGAGUCGGGGGUUCUCCCAGUACCGACUUGGCUCCCAGUUUGUGUCCAGUGGUACCAGCUCCAAAUCGCAGAACUACAGUCCAGCUGGACCUGCAGGAUCUUCUGUUCCCACCGAGGACCAGGCCAGCAUCAGUCCUGACAGCUCAGGACCCGGGGCCCUCGCUGCGGACUUCUCUCCUGCAGGGUCCCUGCAGUCCACCGAGCCCUCAGGUCUGCUCAGUCCCGGUACACACAUAAAUCCAGAGAAGGAGACCCAGUACGAGGUGGGCUGGAUCAGAACCCCGGAGCUGCUGUCGUUAGGCCACCUCGAGAGGGGGGCCAGUUUUAAGGGGUCCGGGGGCCCAGAAGAAAGCGAUGAACUGGACUACUUGCAGUCCAGAACUACCUGACAGGGUCCUGAGGUCCACAGAACUGGAUGAGCUGAGAACUGGAUUCCGACAGGAAGAGACUCUUCAGAGCUGCCGGGGCCUCGAGCUAGAACAACUUAAACUGAAAACGCAUCUGAGUAGAACUCCGCUCCUACUCUGAGCCAAUCAGAUUCAACAUGUGUAAAAACAUCCAUCAUCAUCAUCCAUCAUCAUCCAUCAUCAUCAUCCAUCAUC